AUGGCCGAGACUGACCCCAAGACCAUGCGAGAUCUCACCUCAAUGGUGCAGACGCUCCUGCAACAGAUGCAAGAUACCUUUCAGACCAUGUCCGACCAGGUCAUUGGAAGAAUUGGUAACACGAGUAGUCACAUUGACAACCUGGAGAAAAAUGUUGCAGACCUCAUGGCACAGGCUGGGGUGGAAGAACUGGAGGGUGAGAACAAAAUACCUGCCACACCAAAGAGCUGA